CAGGCAUCCUGGAAAACUUUCAUCUCUGGUAGCGGUGCGCCUUAGUUGAUCUCCAGACUAUUUGUGAACGGAGCUACAUUUUUCUCAUAUAUUCAUCGAGAACUCAGCGGUGACAUUUGUGCGAAAACCGGAUGUCAUCUUCCCCGGACUCAGCAAUGAGUGAUGACGCGAGACCUGCAUCGGCAUCUGCCGGAUCCCCACCCGCAGAUGGGGAAACGCCGUCAUUCCAGGAGCAAUUCAAAAGUUUCGCCAAGUUCGGAGACUCAAAAUCGACUGGCGACGCGAUAACGCUAUCGAACUCUGACAAGUGGUUCAAGCAGAGCAAGGUCAUCGAUGGGAAAAAAAUUACAACCACCGAUACCGGUAUCUACUUCAAGAAGAUUGCCAAGACAAAAAAAGCUCUCACGCAGAAAGAGUACGAACAGUUCUUGGACGAAAUCGCGAAGAACAAGAAGGUUCCCCUAGAAGAAAUUAAACAGAAGCUGUGCGCGUGCGGACCGCCGGCAACGAGAAUUCAGAGCGCUACGGCAACGGGUGCGGUCGCUAGACUCACGGACCAUACCAAAUAUACGGGGACCCACAAGCAAAGAUUCGACGAUACCGGUAAAGGAAAGGGUAAAGAAGGACGCGUGGAUCCCCCCAAAGACUCAGGAUACGUCUCGGGCUACAAAGAGGAAGGCACCUAUGACUCCACCCACUAGAAUACGUCUACGGGGGCCGUUUCUGUCAUCUGUUCCAAUAGCGACAUCCUUAUUCUGUUGACUGAGCUUCACAUCGUUGUCUCCCUCACCUCGUGGACUGUACAUAAAAUAAUCAAAUUCUCC